UACAUCUUUAUACAAAUCAGUAUUUGGAACCUUCUAUGCUACUAUUAUUUCUUGCUGGGUUGUUAGCGAAAUAAUAAUUGCAAUCCGAUACAGUAGCUAGCUAUCUGAUUAGCCAGUACAGCGUAUGCGAUAUAAUUAUCGUUAGCUUGCUACUGUUGCUUGACCAGCAAACACGGAGUGCAUGCAUAUGCGGGUGUAAACUCAAGAUGAUGAGCUUUGUCCUCCUGAGGAGCUGAAGCACUGGAGCUUGCCUGGCCCUGAACAUGAAUUCUCCAGAGGACAGUUCUUCCUCUUCCACACAGAAGACCUCUGUUUGGGCUGACCAGCAGACAGCCACUGCACAGCUGGGAGUUAGCCCUCCGUCUCCCACACAAUGCUUUGGGGAUGGGGAAGGAACCAGCUCUGCUAUCCCAGCUGAAACACCCGUUUCAACCAACCCUUCUUGCCCAUCUCAAACACUUGUUACACCCCAAAAAAAGAGGACGGCAGAGAAAGGAACCGUUGAUGCAUCACAGCCACAGGGUGAACGUCGCAAGAGGGGGAGGCCACGCAAACACAAGAAACCCCAGACUGACACAGAACACCAUAUCCACCAGGCCCAGUCCCCAACAGCUACACAUCCAUGUUUACAGCCAGAGGACCAAACAGAGGCUGUGACACUGACACCCAGCUCACCUGUGAUGCCCGAGGACAGGUGUCAGUCACCUGAGGCCACCUUUGAACCAUCAUGCCCUGCCUUGGACUUACAGAGCGCCAAUAAGGGACAGAGUAAGAAUGGGCCCCAUCUCUCCAGUGCUUCUGUUGGACAAGGAGACCUAACAGGCCCUAAUGUUCUAGCCACUGGGAGAUUUAUAAGCAAAUGUGCCAAAGAGCAAAGGACUCUGUGCCAGUCACCACAUAAUCUGAAAGAUGGGAGAAAGGCAGCUAAAAAAUCACAAAUUCAUAAUGUCGAUCAGCCACAGGAGACCGUGACAAAUGGGGAAAAUACAUCUAAACCCUUACUGACUAUUAAGGUAGGACAGGAGAAUUGCCUGACACAAAAGACUGGGCAAAAAAGGAAAUAUACAAAAAAAUCACAGAGCCAUAAGGUAGGCCAGCCAAGGGACACUGACCAGUCACAGGAGAGUGAGACAGUGAGAAAUGGGGAAAAUACAUCUAUAAAAUCACCAACCCAUAAGAUAGACUGGUCACAGGAGACGGUGAGAAAGAGGACAUAUACAAAAAAAUCUCAGGCUCCUAAGGUUGACCAGUCACAGGAGGAGUCUGUAACAAAAAAGAAAAAGGGCUCUAAAAUAUCUCCAACCCAUAAGGGAGAGCAGUCACAAGAGAUGGUAACAAAGAGGACAUAUACCAAAAAAACACAGAGCCAUAAGGGAGACAAGCCACAGGAGACUGUGAGAAAUGGGGAAAAGACAACUAUGAAAUCACCAACCCACCAGGUACACCAGUCACAAGAGUUGGUAACAAAAAUGAAAAAUGUGUCUAAAAUAUCUUCAACCCAUAAGGUAGACCACUCACAAGAAACUGUGAAAAGAGGAAGUAUACAAAAAAAUCACAGACCUGGGAGAUUGACCAGUCACAAUCCCCAGAGACUGGAAAAAAUACAUCUAUGAAAUCGCUGACGAAUAAGGUGAAUAAGGUGGCAUCGUUAAAAUCACAAAGCCAUACCGUAGAACAGUCACUGGGGAUUGACCAAUCACAAGAGACCGUGAGAAAGAGGAACUACACAAAAAAAUCUCAGAAGCAUAAGGAGGACUCACAUGAGACCGUGAGAAAUGGGGAAAAGACAUCCCAAAAAUCGCAGAAGCAUAAGGUAGAGUUACGAGACACGGAACAGUCACAGGAGGAGACUGUAAAAAAUAGGAAAUAUACUAAGAAAUCAAAGACCCACAAGGUAGACUCAGGAGUUCUCUCUUUACUCCCUGUGUUAUCUGCAGACCUCUCCCUCAACCUUUCCUCUCCCACAUUCAGCUCUACUGGGCUUCCAAAGAGAAAAUAUACAAAAAAAUCACAGACCCUCAAGGUAGACUCCGAUGUCCCAUCCUCACUCAUUGUACUGUCUGCAGACCUCUCCUCCAGCCUGCAGAGUAGCCUCUCUCCUACUCGCAGCCCUUCUGGCAUCCCCUUCUCACCAAACACGCAUAAGAGAGUCCGAGGCAGACCUCAGCGGGUCCAGCAGCAGCUCUUUCUUAGCUCCACGCCAGGCCCUCACCCCAGAUCCUCCACAGGAACAGACAACUCCUUCUCUGCCUCCCUGUCUCACGUGGGACUGGGCCCACAGAACGCCUCACCUAUCACCCCCUGGAAGCUGUUGGAACUAAGCCCUCUGGAGAAGACACACUUAGCUUUACCCGGUAGUAAAGCUCGGGGUAGACCCAGAGUUAGGCCAAAGAACUCGGCUACAGUGAAGGGAGUGAAGACUCAGGGUGGUAAGAAGAAGGUGAAGGCUGCAGCAGAGGGAGGGUCCCAGACCUUCAGCUCUGAGGAAGGCCCCCCAGCCAAACUCAGACGUAGAAGCAGGAAGGGCCAGACAGCAGAGGGAGCUGGCCUGCAGAGCGGUUACACUACCAGCACUGAGCCACACUCCAGACCAAGGUUUGAGCUGCAGGAGUCAGACUCACCAGACACAGACACAGGAGAUGCCUCCCUGUCCUCAGACCUCUCCAUUGAGUUAAGCGUACAGGAAGACUGUGUAACAUCACUGACUCUUGAAGAGGAGGAAGAGCAAGACGAUGAGGAAGAUCUGCCCAGUUUCUUAAAUAACACAAAGCCACUGUCCAUAACGGAAGGAAUAUGUGUUUGGUGCAAAUUUAGAAGCUAUCCUUUCUGGCCGGCAAUGGUGAAGAGUGUGAACCGUAAGCUGAAGAAGGCCAGCAUUGUGUUUAUUGACGACCUGCUGUUUGACAAAAAGAGGAUACGAAAAGGCUUUACUGUGUCCCUAAAAACAUUGAAGCCUUUUGACUGUGAAGAGGCUGAUCAGCUAGUGUGUAAAGCCAGAGAGAAGUAUGAUGCUGCCAUCAAAUGGUGUCUGGCGUUGAUAGCCGACUAUAGAAUCCGUAUCGGAUGCGGCUUCACCGGUUCCUUCAUUGAAUACUUUUCUGAUGACAUAAGCUGCCCAGUGAGAAGGUGCUACCCCCAGGGCACCUCAGACCUCACCUUCCCCAGUAAGCUAAUUCUGGAGGAGCAGUACGUAACCUCUGACCCGGAAGGGGACGAUCAGGAGGGCAGCAAACGGCAGGAGGAGGAGAGGAGGAGGAAGCUGCUGCCUGACCGUUCCAAGGCUGCACGUAACCGUGCCAACGAGAAACUGGUGGACUUCGUCGUCAGGCAGCGCCGGGUGGAGACACGCCUUCUAGGUGUAAUCAGUGGUCAGCAGCAGUCUAAGUGGCUGCGUUGGUUCCUGGCAGCCAGUCGCUCAGUUGUGGACACGUACCUGGAGGACGAGGAGCAGCUGGACCAGGUGUACCAGUACCUGAGAGGGGUGUACGAGACCGCCCCCCUCACCGCACACUGUCUGGCCGAUGUAGACCUCAUCCGCUUGAUACUGGACGUGCUGCUACCAGAGGCUAUUAUCUAUGCCAUAGCUGGAGUGGACGAGUUGUCACUGGUGAAGGCAGAAGACAAAUACCUGAAAGGGCCCUGUCUGAGUAAAAGGGAAAGAGAGGAGUUUGAUGCGAUGAUCGAGCAGCAGAUGAAGACGAAAGCAUCGAUCCGUCAGCAUCCUGCACACUGAACAUAACACAGUCUACUUGGCUUCCAACCCUAAGACUAAACGGGCCAUAGGGUUCUGGUCAAAAGUAGUUUGAAUAGUGCCAUUUGGGAUGUAGCCACAGAAUGCCAGUGUCCUAAUCAAAUGAUGCUUCUAAGCAUUAUAGGACAUGAAAUAAGUAAGUAGCCUUGUCCAAGCAAGAACAGCCAGUAAGGCCUUUUUCUGUACCGUGAAGCAGCUUGAUAUACAAGUACACCCUCUGGCCAGGACACUGGUCUAUCGCAGACAAUAAGAACCAUAUAUAACGGUCUCUAAAUGUGGCUCUGAGGACAAUCAACUGCUGUUGUACAUCCUAUCAGUGGUGUGACUUAACAAAGCUACGUUGAAUUAUCAAGUCAUUGUCAAAUCAACUGAAAUCUGUGAUCGACUGGUCAAGAUUUACAGCUUCAACACGGAACUCCUGGGAGGGUGGGACCUCGUAUCAUUCAGAAAGACUUACGCCGCUGGUUGAAACUGGGACUUCAUUUUAGACACACUGCAACCGUAUUUGAUCCAACAUGGUCGCUCGUUUAGACAGUUCAACUAAAUUCAGGACAUUAAAGACACUACUCUAUUUUUCUAUGGAAAAGUCUGCUCUUUUUUAAAAUUAAGUCAUAUUUGAACGUUCCUGUCUUAUUCUAUGGCCAUGUAAGGUUAGCUUGUUAGUAAGUACCCAUUUCCUGGUGACCGUGUUUAGAACAUCAAGCUAUACAACAUUCUGAAUGUGAAUCAUGUCAACUCAUCUAUAGUGAAACCCAAAUGACACCCUAUUCCCUUUAUAGUGCACUAUGUAGGGAACCAUUUGGGACAUAUAUUCCCUUUAUAGUGCACUAUGUAGGGAACCAUUUGGGACAUACCCAGUGACUUGCAAUGACAGUACAGGAACAAGACUAUUCCCCAAUGACAGGUCAAUAAUGAAUGCAUGCAAGUCUGAUAAAGGAUUUUAUAUGUAUUAUAUUUAAUACUGAACAAAUAUCAAUGCAAUAUGCAACAAUUUCAACAGUUCAUAUAAAGAAAUCAGUCAAUUGAAAUUAAGUCAAGUAGGCCCUAAUCUAUGGAUUUCACAUGACUGGGAAUACACACAUGUAUCUGUUGGUCACAGAUAUCUUCAAAAAAAGGUACCGAGUGUGGAUCAGAAAACCCGUCAGUAUCUGGUGUGACCAUUUGCCUCAUGCAGCGUGACACAUCUUCACAUAGUUGUUCAGGCUGUUGAUUUUGGCCUGUGGAAUGUUGUCCCACUCCUCUUCAAUGGCUGUGUGAAGUUGCUGGAUAUUGGCGGGAACUGGAACACGCUGUGUACGCGUCGAUCCAGAGUAUCCCAAACAUGCUCAAUGGGUGACAUGUCUGGUGAGUAUGCAGGCCAUGGAAGAACUGGGACAUUUUCAGCUUCCAGGAAUUGUGUACAGAUCCUUGCAACAUGCAGCUGUGCAUUUUCAUGCUGAAACAUGAGGCGGUGGACAUCAGGAUCUUAUGUUAUCUCUGCAUUCAAAUUGCCAUCGAUAAAAUAUAAUUGUGUUCAUUGUCCAUAAUCCCACCGCCACCAUGGGGCACUCUGUUCACAACGUUGACAUCAGCAAACCGCUCACCCACACAACGCCAUACACGUGGUAUCCCGGAGGUCUACCCCAGGGGUUGGUGAUAGAGGGGAGGUACGUGCCGUGACGCUGGGAGUCCCCAGGGUGGGCACCACGACACUGAUGCCACCAAUUAGGGGAGAGUGCCAACCAGUCGUGCAGGCCAUGUAAAUGGGGCACCGUGGGAGAGAAAAUGAGAGGCAGGGAGUGGACCAACAGAUGGGAACGAAGCUCCCGGAGCACGGAACCGAAUACGAAGAGGCGGCCCAGAUGAAGGACCGAGCCAACUACUAAGUUAUUUAGUUACAUUUAUUUUAUGUUGACCAGUAAAGGCGUGUUUUCUAGAA